AUGGAAUUCCUUUCAUCCAAAAUCGCCGAUGUCCAACAAUCUCCCCUGUUUUACCCACUGCUCACAGUCUCCUUCGUGCUCCUCAUCCAUCACGUAGUCUACAAUGUCUACUUCCACCCACUCGCCCAUAUCCCCGGUCCUAUCAUCGCCCGUAUCUCUCCUUUAUGGCUCUGGUAUCAUUCCUACAUCGGCGACGAAGCGACCGUCAUCGAUAACCUUCAUGAGAUCUACGGACCAAUCCUCCUUGUCUCUCCAUAUGAAGUAGACAUUUCCGACCCAGCCGCUAUAAAUCCAAUCUACAUUGCCAAAGGCGGGUUUCCAAAAGCUCCAUGCUACGCCAACUUCGAUAUUGACGGCCACAAAACCAUUUUCUCGACCACAGAUCCAGAAUAUAGAUCUCCACGCGCAAAAGCAGUGGUAGGGUUAUUCAGUACCAAGGCUAUUAAGGAGAAUGAGGACAAGCUUUAUGGAUGUGUGGAUCGUAUGGUGUCUCGAUUAGAGUCGGAGAAGAAGAAAGGAAAAGUGGAUAUUUUGAAUCUGUGUAGAAGUCUGGCUGUGGAUGCUGUGAGUACGCAUUUAUUCGCACAGAAUUAUAAUGGAGUGUCCGAGAGUGGAGGAACAUUGAGUGCAAGUGCUUUCGUGGAUACAUUCGUCGCCGUGGGCAGGUUCUUUUACUUGCCUAAUUUGCUGUUCCUCUGGCUGGAAUGGGGGACAGAGAAGGUUCUUGGGGAUGUGAAUACAGCUACUAGUUUUGAAGUGGUGGAGAAGUUCGUAGAGGGACUGGUCGAUAGGGCUGUGCCGAGUAAAAACGGGAAUUAUCCAGGGAGACUACUGGAAGUCGGGUUAUCGAAGGAUGAAGUCAAGGUUCAGUGUAAAGAUUUGAUCUUUGCGGGAACUGAUUCUACAGGAAUGAACAUGGCUACGAUGUGCAGACAGCUAGUGCUCAAUCCAGAGAAGUACUUCCUACCCACUCUACUAUUUCUAUAUCGUGUUAAUGAAUUCAGAUACAAACGUCUUUAUACUGAACUCCAAACAAAUAACUCCCUCCCGGAAUCAUCAAUUCAAGAAAUCCAAUCCCUCACUUACCUUUCUGCCGUAAUCCGCGAAACCCUUCGCAUAUCCAUGGCCAAUCCAACACGCCUCCCACAUAUCGUUCCUUCCUCUGGUUUCAACCUUCAGAAUACCCACAUUCCCGCAGGUACGGUCGUAGGCUGCUCCGGCUACUCUCUGCACUUCAAUCCCAAAGUGUUUCCCGAACCGCACGCAUUCAAGCCAGAGAGAUGGUUAGAAAACGUGACUUCAGAGAUGAAUACCAGCUUCUUCGCAUGGGGAGCCGGGAAUAGGGCCUGUAUUGCAAGGAACUUGGCUACUACCGAAUUAUAUAUGGCGGCUGAACGACUGAUUUUGAGUCGGGUGCUGGAAGGCGCGAAAAGUGAGGGUGAGGUGGAGAUUUUCGAGUGGUUUAAUAGUUGUGUGAAGGGGGAGGGGAUUGAAUUGGUUUGGUAG